AUGGGCUCGGGCGCGAGUUCUCGAAGUGACAUUCAGGAGGUCGACGCAUUGACUGGUGUGCAGCCUGAACCGAGACUACCAAAAAAGAAGUACAAGAUCAAAUGGGACAGGAACGACAUGAUGAAGAGGAAGAAAGAGGCUGCCAAGGUUGCCAAAGCCACGUCUGAACCGCCAAGUAGAAGGUCUCAGAUUUCUGAGGGCGAAACCACAGUGCGUAGUCUUAGUCAGAGUCAGUUGGGCUCCAUCCUUGAAGAAAUGGAUGACGAAGCAGCUCUUGAGGCCGGGAUCGAUCAUCCAUUUUGUCCCCAAAAUGAUUCCGAGUCAGGUCGAGGAAUGUCACAGGGCCGCAACACACUUUCUUGA